GUGCCGUGUUGCGGGGACAGCCGAGUUCACCGCCGACUGUGGUCGCAGAUGAACUGAUGUUGCUUCAAGUCACAGCUGCUGUUUCAUACUUUAAAUGAUGGGGAAGCUGCAGACCUUUGAUAUUUGUGUUACCAAUUCCAGUGGAGUUUGCCAUCCAGGAGGCAUAUUAAAGGGGCGGGUUGCUUUGGAGGCGUCUCAAAUCCUGGAUACCAAAGAUAUCCGGAUCGAGUGUCGUGGUCAGGCACGGGUGUUUUGGGAGGACAGUUCCAGUUCUAUGUCAGAACCUCAGAACCCCGGCUACGCUGACCAGCACACGGCCGAGGAGGAGUACCUAUCAGUCAGCAAGAAAUUGUGGUCGGGGCAACUUCCUCGCGGCUCCCAUAACCUUCAGUUCCAGUUCCAUAUUCCCGAGGGAGUACCGAGUUCAUUCGAUGGCGAGUUUGGCUACAUUCGCUACUGGCUCAAGGUGUUUAUUGACCGCUCCUGGCGGACUGACACAAACACGAAGCUCUUCACUGUUCUGGCUAAAGUAGAUCUUAAUGAAAUACCAGACGCCAACGAGUUCGUUGAAGUGGCUGACAGCAUGAAAGUCUCGGCGUUAUUCUCACCGUCAGGGGUCUGUAACGCCGCCUUGCGUCUAAACCGGAAAGGUUUCGUUCCAGGGGAGAUAAUCCCUCUAAAGUUCUCGAUCCGGAAUGACACAGCACGUGAUGUCCACCGAGUGUCUGUGGAACUGCGUCAGAUCACAGACUACAAGGCGAGGAGCCAGGACAAGAGAACAGAACGAGUUAUGGCGAAGCUGAAGUUUGGUCGGAUACCAGCCCGUGCCACAUAUGAGAAGAGGGAAAACAAGCUGCGCCUCCCUCUCUGCCCCCCGGGGAACCUGCGUGGGUGUGGUCUCAUACACUCCUACCAGAAAGUGAUGCUGAAGGUGAAACCAUCGGCUCUAUCCUUCAAGCAAAUGAAGAUCCCUAUAGAGCUGAUUGUGGGGACAGUGCCGUUAAGACAAGGGUCACUCUCCUCUGGACUUGACAGCGGGGUGGUGGGGCUACAGCACAUCCCCCCUGAACUGCCGGGUACCUCCGACCCUGACUGGACAACCCCCUCACCGCCGACAUACGAGAUGACGUUGUAUCGGUCACAGUCCCCGGGUCAUCUGCCGUCGUCCCCUGGUGCUGUGGACACCCGGUCCUCCUCCAUCAACCACCAUCAGGACGACUACCUGACCAUCCCGCCAGCCUACACCCCGCCGCGCCCCCGGGCCAACACCAACUCCAGCAUCCUGAGGGCCCGGGGGAGAUGACUAGCGGCCUGUGACGCCGGGGACACGGCGUCAGACUCGGACUGAGUACGCCUGUGAUGAAACUCGUAAAGACUCCAUGUAAAGACUUCACGGUUUUCCAAAUUGAGACAACACAGAGGAGGUCUCCGUAAAACAUCGUAUUUCUAAACUAUUCUGGGGUGUACUUGUCGUGAGGACCUCAUUGAUGCUCAAGGCAUAAUUAACAAGAGUGAGUUUGGUUUUACGCCGCUUUUAGCAAUAUCAUGACAGGGGACACAAGAGGUGGGCUUCACACAAUGUGGGGAAGCGAACCUGUGCCUUCGGCGUAACGAGCGAACGCUUUCAUGACAGGGCUACCCAACCGCCCCAAUGGUUAACAAGACGAUCAAGCGAGGUGGUAGUAUUGCUACACCCUCGUCCCUUCGAGGGUGUGCCCUAGCCUCUUAAAGCUGAGGGUCGUUAUGACUCCCUAGCUCAACUAAAGGGAGUCAUUGGUCUUUUGUAAGAGUGUCAUUUUUACAAAAUAUUAAUUGAUGCGCGGUUUCAUAAUUUUAGUCACUCUAAAAAGUAUUUUUUCUUGUAAUCCUGUUUAAAAAUGUUAGGUAUUUAUCUACUAUCUACGCAGUAGUUAAUCUAAUUAAAUCGUAAUGUCCAACACUUGUUUUAAAUUUUGUAGAUUGAUAUAGACUCAAUCAGCAACUGCUAUAUAAGAAUAUAACUCUUCGCGCGUGACUCGCCACACUAAGAUUGUCAGAACUGUACACAGUAAAUUAUCUGGUGAUAUUGUUUAACCACAAAGCAUGAUCUGGGACAAAUAACGAAUUCAGCUGACUUGCAAACAUCAAAAGUUGUCAGCCUGUCUCGCACUUUGAGAUGCAUGUAUUAUGAUUCAUUGUCCAAUGGAAUCUAUGACGUUUCGGUUUAAAAUCAGAACCAGAUUUUGGCAAUGUAAUAGUUAUUAUUGUGUCAUGGAAAACUUCUAAAAUUAAUUAUCAUUAAACGGGAAGCGAUACUUGAUGAAAGCUUGACACUUGAAAGUUUGUGACGUAUAUUUUCUUGGUUGGCUAGAUGUGGGAAUUCCAUGGGACAUA